AUGAGUCGAAUAUCGCUUGCUGUUCUUGCCGGCCUGGCCAUCUGCACAACCGCUGGCGCCGCAGCAUGCCUUGCCAUGCUCUCCUUGAAUCUAUCGUCUCUCCCCGCCAUCCGCGCAACAGCCAUUGCCGCCGCCGCUCUCCAGGGCACACUUCUGAUAUUAUUGUCUUGGCUCAUCUCAGCGCACAUCAUGGUCAAGAUACGUCAGCUGUCACGGCCCUACACCGGUGUUGCCCUUGCCCUUGGAGUGCUGGCGAGCCUUACCUCCCUGGCCGCCGCCGCUCUUACGCUGAUAUGGAUGGAGACGUCCACCAGCUACGACGAUCACGUUCAUUCAAACCGGUCAUCAAAGGUCAUUGCUGCUUCAGUGAUGCUAGCUCUCGCUGUCACCAGUCAGAUUCUUUUCAUGACAAUCCACUUUGCUCAGCUGCAUUACGGGAAAUCCGGCCUUCGCCACCUCUUCGCGCCGAGAGAAGCCUCGCCGUGGUCGCCAGCCACCUAUGUCAAGUCUAUUCGAUACAGUCAGACGCUACCACGCAAGAGUGACUCGGAAGAGUCUGAAUCUUUUGGUUUGAAAGAAACCCCGCCUUCCUUGCGCAACAAGUUUGUGCAGGCUAGCCCUCUCAAGCUCGCAUUUCCACAAGCUGUUCGCCACACUCAUUCACGGACAAGACUGCUGCACGCCAAGGACAGCGCGCAGAGUCUGGCAAUUGAUACAGCUACGCACCCGAAUGCUACUCAGGAAAGCUUUGAUACCUGGGAUACGUCAUCUGUAGAUGCGCAGAACCGCCAGGCUGUCAUGGAAGCCUGUACGUCACCCAUCACCAGCCCUUACAACUUGGAGCCGAUCCCUGGCAGUCCUCGAGCCAGCAUCAACCCCGAAGACAUGAUGUUCUUUGCGCCACCACGACCAAUUUUGAAGCGCAGCCGCAGCCACAGUCCUGCAACGGGGCGUCCAUCACUGCGAGGGAGAGCUCCGGCCAACCCCAACGAACUUCACAUUCAUCCGUUGUUCCGAUCAGACUCUCCCAGCACACCACCUAUCUUGACGCCGGGUACAAGGGUUGUAGCCGCGCCUGACGCUGGCCAGAUCCUUUUCCACCGUGUUCCGUCAAGGCCACUCCCCCGCGUGCGUAGUGGGAGCCUGCCAACCAUGUCGCGCAGCCCGUUUGCUCAUGACCUGGACUUGGACAACGUGGAAGAAGAGGUGUACAACAAGCAGGACGUGCGGGACCAAGAAAGAAAAAUGACACCUCCAGUGCCUGAAUGGGUAUUGAACAGCAAAGUGCCGCCACCGAUUCCACGCAAAUCGGCGAGUCGCAGCUCCCUGCGGGUGUCUACUACUAGCUCCUUGCGGGUGUCUACUACCAGCUCCUUGCGGGUGUCUAGUGCCUGA